CUCUCUAAUCUUUGAGAAAACACACUGAAAGCACCAUUACUCUAUUCUUUGUCACCAGGCUCUUGCUACCCAGAAACUUCGCGAUGCAUAAUGCUUUUUGCAGGGAACUGUGAUCCAUAAUGCCAGAUCCCAUGAGGCGGACACGAUCCGCUAAACAUCAAUCCCCAAAGCGCCGCGCGGUGCAAAAGAAGUGUCAGAUUUGUCAGAAGUUACUCGAUUUACUCCAAUCUCCAGCUGAAAUCCGAGGGCAAUUGGAAAAUCACGUCACUAUCAGCGACUGGAAAGACCUAGUGGAAUCCAAAUGCCCGUUUCAUCCACAGUUUAUUGCGUCAGCUCUUAGACUUGAUCUCACACCUAGUGCGGUUGAGGAAAUCAGCAUCUCCUUACUUGGAUAUGGCGGGCACGACCACGUCCAGAUUCAAGGCAGCAUCAAGGUUCUUGGAAAGUCCAAACUAAUUGAAUCCGGGGAGCUUUACAUACUUCGUAAAGGUCCGAAUUCUCAACAACAGGGCAGUGCAAGGCUGGUGAAUCCCCUCUGGGUUGAUCAUGGUCUCCUCAGAAAAUGGAAAGAAAAAUGCCUCUCUUCACACGGCGAUGUGUGUGGUGUUGCACACAAGCAAACACAAUACAACGAUCAUAUCCGGCCUACAUGGGUCAUUGAUAUAUGGCGUCAAUGUCUCGUACACCCACCGCAAUUUCAACCAUACGUCGCUCUUAGCUACGUUUGGGGAGGGACUCCCAGCUUCAUGGCUCGACUGAGUAAUAUCGCACAGUUACAGAACUCAUUAGCACUAUCGAAUGGAAAGACUGAAGUACCAAUUCCCCGGACAAUCCGAGAUGCAAUGAGUUGCGUUGAACGACUUGGUGAACGAUACCUCUGGGUAGAUUCUUUAUGCAUCGUCCAAGAUGAUCCGGUACACAAGGAGACAGAAAUCGGCAGGAUGGCGUCUAUUUAUGCAAAUGCGCUUCUAACAAUCAUUGCUUCAGAUGGCACUGAUGCAAAUGACGGCCUUCCAGGACUUAGUGGCCUUACCGGGCCAAGGUCUGCAACCCAAGUGGUCCAUACUCUACGACCCGGCAUACAGGUUGUCGAAAACAUAAGUCAUGCAGAGAGUACAAAGUGGAAGACACGUGGAUGGACAUACCAAGAAAGCGUGUUCUCUCGAAGGCAGCUAUUUUUUGAGGGUAAUUGGGUGCGUUGGAUUUGCCAAGGCGCUAUUUGGCGUGAAGUUGGUGAAAAGCAUGGUCGACAAGGAGACAUGCAACUGGCACUGUCAAGGGCUAUCCCAGAUCCAUCACUGGUGCUGAAUAUGAUUGUCCAGUACAACAUGAGAGACUUGACAUAUCCCGAGGAUGCGCUUAAUGGGUUCGCCGGUAUCCUCAAUACCUUCACAACUAGCUUUGAUGGAGGCUUCAUCUCAGGACUGCCUGCUGCCAUGUUUUACCUGGCACUCCUCUGGGAACCCUUCGACAUUCUCACUCGCCGAGAAGCAAAAGGGCCCAGUGCAGACGUUUGCCUCCCUAGUUGGAGUUGGAUUGGUUGGAAAGGUGCACUGUCGGGAUUUGCGUGGUCUUCGGCAAUGGAUUUUGUCAGAUCUAGUUCAUCCAUGAAGGGAUCCCCAUUCUUCGACAGAGUCACGCCUCUUGUCAAGUGGCACUGGAGAAGUGUCUUGAAGGCACCCGAAGUUCCGAUCCAAGACACCUGGUUUCGGUAUAAGCAAAAUUAUGGUAUCGGGGGUCCGCGGAAACCGUGUCCCACUGGCUGGACUCGAUACAGCGCCGAAGUCGAACCAACCUCCCCAGGAAAAUUCAUUUUCUCAGGACCAGAGCCCACUAACUCACCAACAUGCUUUUAUAAGCAUGAUUCCGAGCCUGAGUCGGAGUUUUGGUAUCCCGUUCCCCUACCGGAUCCGUUGCAAGUUUCCAGCAGGCAAAUAGCUGCACCAUUUAUCUCAUGUCGAACGAGACGAGCAUGUGUGUAUGGAGGCGAAGUCAUCACACCACUGUAUAGAAGAGGUGGCAUAGUCAUUUCAGUUCGAGGCAACAAAUCAGAAUGGAUUGGCGCCAUUCGACUUCAAGAGCGGCUCCCAGGGCCUGAUGAAGACAACGUCAAAAGCCUUGUGGGCCAAAAGAUGGAGUUGGUUGAAGUUGCCUUAGGUCGCGUGCCAAGGGACGCUCGUACAUGGCUAGAACAUCAAGUGCUGGACGAAUGGGAUCACGAAGAGAGGCCAGGUCAGAAUGAGAUAUAUGAGUACUACCAUGUGUUUUGGAUUGAGUGGGAGGACGGUAUUGCGUAUAGAAAAGCUAUGGGCCGUGUUGAAAAGAAUUUGUGGGAGGCUCAGGCACGCGAGAACAUUGACUUGAUUCUUGGAUGAGGAAUAAAAGUACAUCAAACCCUUGACUGCUAUCCCCGAACAUCCUUCACCUCCUUUGUCCUUUCUGAAUCAGGUUGAUCUCCAGUGUUGACUGUUGUUUCGUGUUCGAUCAUCAUGAUGGACGCAUUUUCCGCGACAGGUCGGUGUCUUAUCCCUUUAAGGACCGUAUACAUGUCUCCAACUUCCAUCACAACAUCGUCUUGGCCCUCAAUCUCCAUCCGCAACUUGCCGCUCAGGAGAUAGAAGAUUUCGUCUGAGUUUGGGUGGGCGUGCCAGAUGAAUGCACCGUCGAUUUUGGCGACUUUGACGUGGUGGUCAUUUAUUGUGGCGACAAGUCGUGGGGACCAUGUCUCGGUGAAGGAAUCGAGAAGUGUGGGAAUAGAGGCCGGUUUAGACAUGGCGACGAAUUGGGUGGCUUAGAAGGAAAGGUGGAAAUUAGGCGUGAUCGGAUAUGCAAAAAUUGUCAUAGGUUGGAAUAGCACUCGGAUCA